AAACCCACCCCGCCCCCAUCCCUCUGCGUCGUCGCUUCAAAAACAAAAGAAGACAAAAACCGCGCCACCGCCUUCGCGCCUAAGAUACGGCGGUUUACGGUGUUCCGGCGACACCUCCACCGCCGUCUCCUCCGCAUAUCACCUCCACUCGCGCUCUGUCUUCCCGGCACCACCUCCUCUUCCCGUGACCCCAGAUCUAGAACAUUCUUGACCACUCCGAGGACUCUGUCCUGAUUAUUCUCUACAAGUUCAUCGGGGAUGGAGUCGAUUUUGGCUCGAGCGUUAGAGUACACGCUCAAGUACUGGCUCAAGUCUUUCUCCAGAGAUCAGUUCAAGUUGCAGGGCCGAACCGUACAGCUCUCCAAUUUAGAUAUAAACGGCGACGCUUUGCACGCUAGUAUCGGAUUGCCGCCGGCGUUGAACGUCACGACGGCGAAGGUCGGGAAGUUAGAGAUUAUGCUCCCCUCGGUCAGUAACGUACAAAUAGAGCCGAUUGUCGUGCGAAUUGAUAAGCUUGAUUUGGUUCUGGAGGAGACUGAUGAUUUGGAUGUAAGUAGCAGCUCAAGUAGUGCACAGUCAUCACCCAACUCUGGAAAGGGAAGUGGUUAUGGAUUUGCUGACAAGAUUGCCGAUGGAAUGACAGUAGAAGUGCAUACUGUCAAUAUUCUAAUUGAAACUCAUGGGGGAGCUCGACAUAAAGGAGGAGCAACUUGGGCAUUGCCUAUGGCAUCUCUUACUAUCCGUAAUGUUCUGCUCUUCACAACUAACGAAAGUUGGCAGGCUGUCAAUUUGAAGGAAGCAAGGGACUUUUCCAAUAAUAGAAAGUUCAUUUAUGUGUUCAAGAAACUUGAAUGGGAAUCCUUAUCCAUCGACCUUCUGCCUCAUCCUGACAUGUUUUCUGAUGCUCAUUUUGCGUCUGCUCAAGACGGAUCCAACAAGAAAGACGAUGAUGGGGCAAAGCGAGUGUUUUUUGGUGGGGAGCGAUUUGUUGAAGGAAUAUCUGGACAGGCUUAUAUUACAGUACAGAGGACAGAACUAAACAGUCCAUUGGGGCUUGAGGUUCAGUUGCAUAUCACAGAAGUUGUUUGCCCAGCUUUAAGUGAACCAGGAUUGCGUGCUCUUCUACGCUUCUUCACGGGAUUAUAUGUUUGUAUAAAUAGAGGAGAUUUGACUCCAAAUGCUCAACAGCGUGCUACAGAAGCAGCAGGACGUUCCCUGGUCUCUUUUACUGUGGACCAUAUUUUCUUUUGCAUCAAUGAUUCUGAGUUCCGGCUUGAACUUUUGAUGCAGUCGCUCUUCUUUUCUAGGGCAAGUGUUUCUGAUGGAGAGAAUGGCAGAUGCUUGACGCAGGUGAGGAUAGGCGGACUUUUUUUAAGGGAUACCUUUUCACACCCUCCAUCCACGUUAGUGCAACCAUCAAUGCAGGCUGCUGCAGAAAAUUUUCUGCAUACUCCAGAGUUUGGUAAGAGCUUUUGUCCUCCAAUAUAUCCCCUGGGGGACCAGCCGUGGCAAUUAAAUGUUGGUGUGCCUCUAAUAUGCCUUCACGAGAUUCAGGUCCAGCCCUCCCCAGCCCCACCAUCUUUUGCUUCAAAAACGGUUGUGGAUUGUCAGCCUCUUAUGAUUCACCUUCAAGAGGAAUCCUGUCUGAAGAUUGUUUCCUUAUUAGUAGAUGGAAUUAUGGUCAAUCCUGGUGCUGUUUUACCAGAUUUCUCAGUUAACUCCAUCAAAUUCAAUCUCAAAGGCCUGGAUAUCACUGUUCCCAUGGACAUGGAAAACCCUAUCUAUUCUGUGGCCAGCAGAAAACCUAAUUUUCGUAGCUGUUUUGCUGGAGCAAGGCUCCAUAUUGAGAAUUUGUUUUUCUCAGAGUCACCUUCCUUAUCUCUCAAUCUACUGAACCUGGAGAAGGAUCCUGCUUGCUUUUGUCUCUGGGAAGAUCAACCGGUUGAUGCUAGUCAGAAGAAAUGGUGUACUGGAGCCUCUCUCCUUAGUUUGUCCUUAGAAACAUGUGAUGACGCAACUGGACUUCAGAGUUCUCUUAACUCGUCUUCAGGAUUGUGGAAAUGUGUCGAGCUGAAAGAUGCCCGUGUUGAGGUGGCCAUGGCUACUGCAGAUGGCAGUCCAUUAAUUAUUGUUCCUCCUCCGGGAGGUCUUGUCAGAGUCGGUGUUGCUUGUGAACAGUUUUUCUCAAAUACAUCGGUUGAGCAGUUAUUUUUUGUCCUGGAUCUGUAUGCCUAUUUUGGUAGUGUCGGUGAAAAGUUGGCCAUAAUUCGAAAAAGUAACCAAAUGAAAAGAACUAGAAAUGAAGGUUUAGGUGGAAGAAUAAUUGAAAAGGUUCCUAGUGAUACUGCAGUCAGCUUGGCAGUGAAGCUCCUCCGGCUAAGAUUUCUGGAAUCUUCCCUAGCAGAUAUUCAUGGAAUGCCGCUGGUUCAGUUUCUUGGAGAAAAUCUAUUCGUUAAAGUUACUCAUAGAACCCUUGGUGGUGCAAUAGCUAUUUCAUCAAGUUUAUGUUGGGAGAGUGUUGAGGUGGAUUGUGCAGAUACUGAGGGGAAUUUAUCACAUGAGAAUGGUGUUCCUUUAACUACUUUUGAAAAUGGUCAUGUGAUGGUUGGGAAUGGACACCCUCAACUGAGAACUGUCUUUUGGGUGCAAAAGAGACUGAAACUUCGAUCACAUGGUAACACUUCGUUGGUUCCAUUUCUGGACAUAAGGAUGGUGCAUGUGAUUCCAUACAGCACACGGGAUAUGGAGUGUCAUAGUUUGAGUCUGUCAGCUUGUAUUGCUGGUGUUAGACUUGGGGGAGGAAUGAAUUAUGCUGAAGCCCUCUUGCAUAGAUUUGGAAUACUUGGACCAGACGGUGGUCCUGGGGAAGGGCUCUCUAAAGGUUUAGAAAACUUAUCUGCUGGGCCUUUAUCGAAACUUUUCAAAGCAUCACCUCUGAUUCCAGAUGAUCUCCAAGAGAAUAUGAACAAUGGAACUUCAGGAGACGGGAAUGACAAUGUUUUGUUGCACUUGGGUACGCCUGAUGAUGUGGACUUAACCAUAGAAUUGAAAGAUUGGUUAUUUGCGCUUGAAGGGGCACAAAACAAUACAGAAGGGCAGUGGCUACAAAAUGAUGAAGGUCUUGGCAGAGAAGAGAGGUGCUGGCAUACAACUUUUGAAAAUUUGCAAAUGAAAGCAAAAAGUAGCCCAAAGCAUGUGGUGACUGUAAAAGAAAAAUCUCAUCGACUACACAACUACCCUGUUGAAUUGGUAACGGUUGGUGUGGAAGGUUUGCAGAUCUUAAAGCCCCAGGCACAAAAGCGUAUCCUUCAGGAUGGAUUACCUCUAGAAGGGCCCAAAGAGGCUGUUGACUCAUCUGGUGGGAUAAAUUUGGAAUCUAGCAUAGUAAUAUCUCAAGACGAUGUCAAUUUGGAGAUGGUGAAGUGGAUUGUGGAAAACUUCAAAUUCUCUGUUAAUCAGCCGAUUGAGGCGGUUGUGACAAAGGAUGAGCUGCAGCACCUUGCUUUUCUGUGCAAGUCUGAAGUUGAUUCAAUGGGUCGCAUAGCUGCUGGUGUACUGAGGGUUCUAAAGCUGGAGGGAUCGAUUGGAGAGGCAGCCAUCAAUCAACUAAGCAACCUAGGAAGUGAAGGGUUUGACAAGAUUUUUGUCCCAGAGAAGCUUAGUAGGGGCAGUUGUGUUGGCAGUAAUGGGUUCACUCCACCUUCAAAUACCACCGGUGAAAGCGCGUACUCUUCAACUAUGGAGUCGACAGUGGUUUCACUUGAGGAAUUGGUAGCGGAUUCUCAGUCAAAGUGUGCGGCCCUAACUGCUGGAUUAUGCAAUUCAGAAUCUUCCAUACAGCACCUUGCUGAAAUUGAACAACUUACUCAGAAACUUGAAAGCAUGCAGAGUUUAUUGACAGGAUUACGGACUCACAUAUGAUUGGCCUUUUUCUUGUGAUUCGUUUGUGUACAAGUUAGGAUAAAAGUAUCCCAAUCGAAGAGUUUGUGCAUUCUUUUUGUAUAUAGAUAGGCAUACAAAUACAUGAUGUGUGUAUGUACCAAUUAGUCAUAUAGAAGGGAAUCAAACCAUUGAUCCAACUGGAGAUCUUGGAUGCCAGUUUUGUAAUGUACCUGUAUUUAUCAGAUAUGAAUACGUUUUGUGCUUUA